CUCCGCUCAGAGCCCAUCGUUAUGCAUUUAGUCGCCUGUUACCGGGCACACGGAGAGAAAAGUCUUUAUUUCGGUCAACAAAGGCGGUCCCGAUACGAGGUAAAACGAGUUCACUGUGGGCUGUAGCAGCGGCGGCGCCGCCGCAGUUUGGCCGCUAGAUGGCAGGAGAGGUCCAGUCUGUGAGGGAUUAGCGGGUCGACCAGCAGCAGCUCAGCCGCAGCCUGGAUUAUUUUCUGAUAUAACAUCAACUACAAGCCAUGAUAUGGCAUUUAAAGGCAAAGCGGUCGACUCGAAGACCGUACUCGUCAACCUGCUCCUGUGUCUCGUCAUAUUUUACUCCGUGUUCUACAUGACUGCCAGUGUGUGUUUCGGUGCCUUCAGGUUGGAUCACUUUGACGGACUGAUUCCUUUUGACUUUAAGACUGAGCCUGCCGAAUCCAACUCCAAGUACUUAGCAAAUCUCCUGUCGCUGGAGGUCACCUACUUCUGCAGCGGCCUGUUGUUUGCAGCCGUGGUUCGGAGGCGGGUUUGGGACUACGCGCUCACGGUCACCCUCGUGCACGUCAUGAUCACCAGUCUAGUGAUGUUGGAGUUCCCCGUGGUGUGGCAGUGGUGGCUGGCUUUAGGCAGCGGCUUGUUUCUGAUGAUCUGCAAUGGUCAGCUGAUCGCCUAUUUCACCUGCCAGACUGACCAGAGCUACGCCUCCUUCAGCAUCUACUGACGCCAGAGGAAACAGCUUUGAAUGCAGUGGGGUGGAAAGGAGCACAGCAGAUGCUUCUCCUGGAGACACCCACUGGAUUCACAUUUCACGGCGAUGGGCUUUGUGCUUUUGUCACGAAAGAGCUGGUUUGAAUUGGCGUUUUAAGCGUGCCCCGCAGACUGGCGUCCUGCUGUUGCUGCGUGAACGCCGUGGGGAGAUGUUCUCUGUUCGCUGCUACGCACGCUUUUUAAGUAUAUUUGGCACCUUUGCCAGCUGCGAAUGUAACAGGUGAAUGGGAGAAUGCUGCAACACGAGGCUGUUCUAUAUAUUUUAAAGAAGUGUUAGAUCUUUAUUUAUUUCUUCUUAUUCUCACACAUUGUGAAAUAGUGGCCAGCCUAGUUCACAAUAUGAAAUGAUACAGAUACUUAAAACGAGUGUAAAAAUCCUAUUUUGUAAAGUGAAACCAAUAAAACAUACAGUACAACAGCA